GGUUGGGAGGCUAUAGUUGUAGUCAGUGUUCUUGGCGGGUCAAAGUAAGACUAUCAGGAUCCCUUUAUAUAUCCCUAUCUCCCUCAUACAUACCCCUUAUAUUUAAACCAUUUAAGACUGUGAUCUAGCGAAUGAACGCUAUCACCAGAGGCUCACAGUACAUGGGCGAUUAUCAUUUCUCAAAAAUGUAAUAUCACUCUACAGAAAUAUCCUGUUUCUUAAAAGUCAAUAAUGAUUCACUUUGCUUUGUCCCAUCACGACAGGUUUGAUCAAUUUAAGAUCAGGCAACGUAGAAGCGAUUAGUUUUAGUUCUUAGGAUUUUUGGGUUAUGUUUUGACACUGACAAAAAAUAGACGGGUGCUUUGGUAUAUUUAUGAAUUUCAACAUUAAAAGAUAGUAUGAUAAAUUGAUCGUAAUUUUUCGAAAAUGUCCACAGCUGGAAGUGUUCUCAUAGGCGGAGGAACCGGUUUCAUUGGAUCGGCACUGCGAAAUGUCUUGAAGAGCAAAGGAUAUGGAGUAACAGUCAUAUCUCGCAUGCCCGGUCCUAGUAGGAUCUCUUGGAAUGAACUAAAUCACAAAGGACUGCCAAAAGACACCACAGCUGUUGUAAAUCUUGCAGGCCAAAAUGUUAUGGACUUUACUAGAAGGUGGACUGCAGGUUUCAAACAAAAUGUUUAUAACUCCAGAGUGAAUACCACAGCAACCUUGGCAAAGCUUAUCAGUGAGGCAGUAGAAAAACCUUCAGUAUUUGUUACAAUAUCGGGUGUUGGAGCAUACAAACCUGACCCACAGAAAGAAUACACUGAAGAAUCACCUUGUGGCGAGUUUGACUUUUUUUCAAAGUUAUGUAAAGAUUGGGAAAAAGCAGCUGAACUGAAUUGUGAUGCUAAACAAAAAUGUAGAGUUGUCACAAUUCGAAGUGGUGUCGUAUUAGGCAGGGAAGGAGGCAUGAUAAAACAGUUGUAUCUUCCAUUUUACUUGGGUCUGGGAGGCCCUAUAGGCACGGGAAACCAGUAUAUGCCCUGGAUCCAUAUUGAUGACCUAACAAGCCUUAUUGUAUAUGCUAUUGAAAAUCCUAAAGUUGAAGGAGUGCUGAAUGGGGUAGCACCUGUGCCCUGUACAAAUAAAGAGUUUUCUUUAGUGAGUUUCAGAACACUUAUUAUAUAAUGUCUCUGAUUAAUGUUUAUUAUUUUAGGCAUUUGGAAAAGCGCUACAUAGACCUGCUUUCAUACCAAUCCCAAGUAUUGUGUUUGAUAUACUCCUAAAUAAAGAAAGAGCCAUCAUGGUAACUGAAGGCCAGAAAGUCAUACCAAAAAAUACACUAUCUAGUGGAUUCAAGUACAAAUAUCAAAAUAUUGAAGUAGCUUGUAAAUCCUUAGUAGCAUAGAAAGUUUACUGAUUUAUUUAUAUAUUUAUUUGAAUAAAAUUUAUUUUACAUCUGAAGUGAUACAAUACUUGUUUCUAAAAGUAAAUA